GACAGGGACGAUCUUCUAGAUGAGGACCAAAACUGGAUGAUUCCAGAACCCCGCCCGAAACGACUUCUCUCACGUAAAAUCAGCGGAAGUAUCGAGGCCCUGAACUCGGAGACGCCCCUGGACAAAACUCCGUACGACGACCACGAUUCUGUCGUCAGCGAGCCUGAUGAGAAAGACGCGUCCGAUGAUGACAUUGCUGCGGUAGAAAAAGAAUCUAGGACACCGACAAACGGGUCACUUUCGCCAGGAGAGAUUCGGAAAUCAGACUUCGAGGUGGACAAGGUGCAAAAAUACGAGGAAAGAAUUGCCAAGGAGCAGAAGCUUAGGAAGAAGCGGGAACUAUCACCCAAAUCUUCACACGUUUGCAACGAGUUGUGCGAUCACGACAAAACGACUGCACUUCAGAAGAAAGUACAAGCGAAAUCAAAACAACAGAAUGUGAACAAUGACGAACCCGAGGACAAUUUUAACCUGAACAAGUUGGUGCAUAUACAUGGGAGGUUGGACAGUCUGGACACACAACUUAAAGGAGUGUCGACUAACUCCUCAAGAACAGGGAAGACGAAAAAGAGUCCGAAGGAAAGGAAGCCUUCUGAGGAAGGAUAUUAUUCUGCCAAAGGAGAGUCGAUUUCAUCGCCCAGAUCAGAGCUCCCAGAGGAUUUUACUGACCACCUGUCAAAGUCAGCGUUUGACACGUACUCCAAGCGAGUGUCGCAGAUCCCGCUGUCCUCCACAGCCAGCUCGCUGUCCUCAGCCUCACCUGACAUGGACAGCAGUACACCCAUCUUCUCUGACUCAGGACCCUCCAGCCCUGCAGCAAACCCAUCUUCUCUGACUCAGGACCCUCCAGCCCUGUAUUGCAUUCCUGUCUCUCUGCUGGCCCAGGAGGUGUUCUUUAACACUGAACAGUUAUCCAGCCUCACCGACUACCUUAAAAUACUCAAGGAGAAGACCCUUUUGGAAACCACCAGGAAUGACCUGGGUCUGCAGACGGAGCAAACGGCAGCCCGAGCGGCACGUCAGGUGACCAGCACGGUUCUCACGACCUUGAAGUCUGCGGAACAGGUGAGCCAAGGUCAGCCUGACGAGGUGCAGACCAUCAGUGUGAAGAGGAGGCAGGGCAGCAUGGAUGAGGCAGAACGGCUGGAGGAGGAGGUGUACCUGAAUGCCGGGAAGGUGUUUGCCCUUCAGGAGGACCUGCGACACCUGCAGAACCAGGUGGAGAACAUCCAGGAGGACACACCUGAGCCGCAGGUGCGCGCCUUGGAGGAGCGGGUCACUCGCACCAUCGCACAGGUGCAACAGAGCGCUGAGCAUGUACGUAAGAGUCAGGAGAGGCUCGACCUUCAGGAGAGACGAGAGUCAGCCGUGAAAACUCUCUUCAGUCAGAUGCAGGACGCCAAACAUCCGCUCCACUCCAUGGUUCCCAGCACCAGAUUACACAAGACUGGACGGGCGCUACGGAACCAAAACCACAUGACUGUGGCAGAGGAGCACAACCGCAGGAAAAGCCCGGGGAACAGCCGGCGCCAGUCCAGAACCAACUCUAGGACCAACCUAACAUCACCAGAGAGAGAGGAGGAGGUCUUUGACAGAAACCUUGCGUACCGAAGCUCCAUCACGAAGCGGGGCGGUGAGUCUGGUCUGAAGUGGGAGCCGGCGCAGGAACCGCCCCUGGAGCCGGCAGAGCGGCCCACGAGGCUGGCGGACGUGCGCAGGUGGAGGGCCAAGAACCAGAGAGCAGACUCGUCCCCGGUGAACAGGCGUAAGGUGGAGGGUGAGGAGGUGGAUAACGGCAACCUGGAUUACCCUGAUGAAGAUGAUUUGGUGGAGGAUGAAUCUGACAAUGGCAAUGACCCGUCUGACCCGCUGAACAGGCUGCAGUCGGACGGCGUGACGAGCCCAUCUGUCCGGGAGCGCGCCGCGGUGUGGGACCAGCACUGGAGACAGGAGUCCGACAAACAGAGGUUGAAAAAUGACUCCAUGCGGGUUUUAAGCCAGUGGGAGGUUGAACGAGAGAGAAAACGCCAGGAAUGGAGCCCGGUCCGCCACAGUAGCCCCUCUCCCUCUGGUUGGUCCAGAGAGAGUUCUGUUUCUCCUGGGAGGAGACGUGAUUGGUCAAGAGAAAGUCCCACUUCUCCUGGGAAUAGAUUUGAUUGGUCGAGAGGAAAUCCCACCUCCCCUGGGAGUAGACGUGAUUGGUCCAGAGAAAGUUCCACCUCUCCUGGGAACAGACCUGGUCCGACUGCUAAUGACGGCCGCCCAGUGUACUACAGCAGAAGAGUCCCGGGAAGGAGAGGCAUGGUCACCAGCUUGUAACCCCGGGAACAAGAAUAGUCAGGAAAAAAUAUUGUACAGAAAGUCUAAAAUGUUCAGUAUGUUGAACGCAGUGUGAAAAUCAUAUCCAAGUGACCGCUAGUAAGGAAUUGUACUUAAAAGAUAAUAUUGUCUUGCCAGGGAAUGUAUUGCAUAAUUGUUGCCUCAUGAGAGUUGUAUGAUCCUUCGUGUCAAGCAGUAUUAGGUAGAUGGUUUAGACCUUUGCCCUCUAACCUCUAUGACCUCUAGUCGCCUUGACCUUUGACAUGUUGAACUCUGACCUCCCAGUCCCACAACCAUUACCCUUAAGGUUACCAGUAGAUGCUAACAGGGGCAAAGGGAUAAAAGAGUUUCAGAAUGACAUUUGUCAGCAGAAAAUGGUGCAAUGUUGCAAAAACUUUUAGAAGAGUUAGCUGUAUACUUCAAUAUGCAGUGCUGAAUACAUGUGCAGCCAUCAU